AUGACGACGAGUCUCUCCGGCCUCAGGACGCAUCUCUGCACGGAGUUCAUCACCAUGGCUGCUGCUGCUCGGACACUUCGCAUUGGUCUCAUCCCCGGAGAUGGUAUCGGACGGGAGGUUAUCCCCGCCGGCCAACGGGUUCUGGAGUCUCUCCCCUCGUCCCUGAACCUCAAGUUCAGCUUCGUCAACCUCGAUGCCGGUUUCGAUACCUUCCAGCGCACCGGCACCGCCCUGCCGGACAAGACCGUCGACACGCUGAAGAAGGAGUGUGAUGGUGCCCUUUUUGGUGCAGUCAGCUCUCCGAGCACCAAGGUGGCCGGCUACUCGUCGCCAAUCGUCGCACUGCGCAAGAAGCUCGACCUGUACGCGAACGUGCGCCCCGUCAAGACGACCGUGGGUAGCACCAGCGGCGACCCGAUCGAUCUAGUGAUCGUGCGCGAGAACACGGAGGACCUGUAUGUGAAGGAGGAGCGCACGCACGAGGGCCCUAACGGCAAGGUGGCCGAGGCGAUCAAGCGGAUCUCGGAGUCUGCAUCGACACGCAUCUCGACCAUUGCGGGCGAGAUCGCGCUGCGCCGCCAGAAGAUCCGCGCUGCUGCUCCCGCCACGGCGACGCGCGACCAGUCCAUGGUCACCAUCACGCACAAGUCGAACGUGCUGUCGCAGACGGACGGCCUGUUCCGUGAGGCGGCACGCAAGGCCCUGGCCGCCGAGCGCUUCUCGUCCGUGCAUGUCGAGGAGCAGAUCGUCGACUCCAUGGUCUACAAGCUCUUCCGCCAGCCGGAGUACUACGACGUCAUCGUUGCCCCCAACCUCUACGGUGACAUCCUGUCGGACGGUGCCGCCGCUCUCGUUGGCAGUCUGGGUCUCGUGCCCAGCGCCAAUGUCGGUGAUGGCUUCGCUAUCGGUGAGCCUUGCCAUGGCAGUGCCCCGGACAUCGAGGGCAAGGGCGUUGCCAACCCCAUUGCCACCCUGCGCAGUGUUGCCCUGAUGCUCGAGUUCCUGGGCGAGGAGAUCGCCGCCGCCAAGAUCUACACUGCUGUCGAUGCUAACCUGGACGAGGCCAAGUUUCUCUCGCCGGACAUGGGUGGCAAGGCUACGACCCAGCAGGUUUUGGAUGAUGUGCUCAAGAGACUGUAA